UAAUCAAGGUUGUAAGCCAGCAGUAAACAUGAAGUUGUUGGGAUUCCUUCUGUUAGCGGUGCCUUUGGCCUUGGCUGCCCCCGAAAGGAGGUCAAACCCCUUCCUAAAUGCUAUCUUAAAUGUGUUCCACACUGACGAGAUCAAGACUAUUGUGACAGAUUUGUAUCACAGCAUGGGAACUGAUGAACGCGAGGUUGAAUGCGAGAGCGAAUGCAACAAGCUUGUUGAUACCCAAUUCGCAACAGGAUCACUUAACACUCUCGGACACAAUGGAUGCCCUCUCAUCUGUCACUCAUAUCAAGAAUUGGUACAUUACUUCGAUGUAUCAGCACCAGCUACCGCUGCACCUGCUAAGAGGGCACUCAGUCUAAAUCCUCUACUGUCCUCAAUCUUGAAUGUAUUCCACGCCGACGAGGUGAAGACCAUCGUUACCGAUCUUUACCACUCUAUGGGAUCUGAUGAACGUGAAGUUGAAUGCGAGUCCGAAUGUAACAAACUUGUCGAGGGCCAAUUCUCCACCGGUUCUUUCAAUACCAUUGGACACACCGCCUGCCCUCUUAUCUGUCAUUCAUUCCAGGAGCUCGUCCAUCAUUUUGACAUCACCCCCCAGACAGCUGUUGCUGGUAGCAGUGCCAAACGUUCAUUGGGAUCCUCCAUUAUGAACUCCAUCUUGAAUAUUUUCCACGCUGAUGAGGUCAAGACCAUCGUGACAGAUCUGUAUCACAGCAUGGGAUCUGAUGAACGUGAGGCUGAAUGCGAGAGGGAAUGCAGCAAUCUCAUUGAGACUCAGUUCCACGCAGGAUCCCUCAACACCCUCGGACACACCUCAUGCCCCCUCAUCUGUCACUCAUUCCAGGAGCUUGUCCACCAUUUCGAUAUCGCCCCACAGACAGCCGUCGCCCCUGCUGCUGGUACCAGUGCAAAGCGCUCACUCGGAUCUUCUUUCAUGAACUCCAUCUUGAAUGUGUUCCACGCUGACGAGAUCAAGACCAUCGUAACAGAUCUGUAUCACAGCAUGGGAUCUGAUGAACGUGAGGCUGAGUGCGAGAAGGAAUGCAGCAAUCUCAUUGAGACUCAAUUCCACGCAGGAUCCCUCAACACCCUCGGACACACCUCAUGCCCCCUCAUCUGCCACUCAUUCCAGGAGCUUGUCCACCAUUUCGAUUUAUCCUCCACAAGUGCUAACCCAGCCCCAGCAGUAGUCGCCAAUAAGCGUGCAUUAAACCCACUAGUGAACGCUGUUUUGAAUAUUUUCCACGUUGAUGAGAUCAAGACUAUUGUGACCGAUCUUUACCACAGUAUGGGAACUGAUGAGCGUGAGGGCGAGUGUGAGAAGGAAUGUAAUACUCUCGUGGACACACAGUUCAGCACUGGAACGACCAACACUUUAGGACACACCGCCUGUCCUCUUGUCUGCCACUCGUUCCAGGAACUUGUGGCACAUUUCGACAUUUCUUCGCAGACCGCUCCCGCAGCUAGCAUGUCGCCAGCUUAGAGAUGUUUCAUUAUCAAGCUAUCUUUCACCGCCAUUUAUUCUAAUAAAAUUUUGAUUAAAAUAUUUGUUAAGUGUU